AUUGAAAAUUUUGUAAAUUAUUAUAUGGGAAGUUGUUGUGCGAAAAAAACAAAUCAAGGGCUUCACAAUCGGUAUCAUGCAUCCAAGAGAAAAUCGCCCAAGAAACUUAGUCUGCCCCUGCACCAGGAUCCCAAAAUUCUGAUAUUGGGCGCCGGCGUUUCGGGACUCGCCUGCGCCGUCGAGCUGAAGAGGCACGGUUUCGAGAACGUGCGGAUCGUGGAGAUGUCCAAUCGCAUCGGCGGACGGAUCAGAACGAUGAAAUUUGCCGACAACUAUAUCGAUUUGGGUGCCCAGUGGGUCUAUGGUCAGCAGGAGAAUGUUGUAUAUCAAAUGGUUAAGGAAAUGAAUAUGUUGGAGCCGGCGGGCGACAUGUUUCGGCACAUGGAUUGGAUACGUUCCAGCGGACAGCGCAUGUCGCGCUCUCUCGCCCGCAAGCUGGUGAAUGUCCUCUCGUCCAUCUAUCGUUAUAAGCGCUCGGAGCUGUUCGAACGCGAGGGCACCUUUGGUGAAUAUUUGGUGGAGAAGUUUGCCGAGGAGCUGUCAAAGCCCGGUUUGAAGAAUCUCAAUCGCGAACUGGCCGCCGAAUUUUUGCGCACAUUCAAGAAAAUGGAGGGCAGCGCCGUGGACACAGACAUGAGCGCCUCCGGCUACGAGACAUACCGCACCUGUCACGGCGAAAAUCACAAUUUCCGCGAACGCGGCUUCAAGCAGUUCCUGCGCGUGCUCCUUGGCGGCGAUGAGAUGAACGAACAGGGUUUGCUCAAGGAUUGCAUUGAUCUCAAUACACGCGUCAUGCAAAUCGAUUGGGAUCGUGCGGAUGGUACCGUGCUGCUCUCCUGCGAGGAUGACAAGAAAUAUAUUGCGGAUCAUGUGGUUGUCACCGUAUCGCUGGGCGUGCUCAAGCGUAAUACCACAUUCUUUCAUCCGUAUCUGCCGCAGGCCAAACGCAAGGCCAUCAAUUUUAUGGGAUUUGGCAGCGUGUGCAAGAUUUUUGCCGAAUUCGAGGAACAAUUCUGGCAGGACAACUGGCGUGGCUUCAAUGCCAUGUGGCGCACCGAGGAUAUGAAUCAGCCGCAGCUCGAAUGGGUCUCGGACAUAUACGCCUUUCACGUCUAUGCCUGUCAGCCCCGGGUGCUGCUUGGCUGGGCGGCGGGACCCAGCACGGAGGUGAUCGAGACAAUAGACGGCAAACUGUUGGCCCAUGGGGUCGUGUAUAUGCUGAAGCGAUUUCUGCCCCAGCUGAAGAUACCGCAUCCCAAGCGCGUGGUCAGCAGCAAAUGGAGCAUCGAUCCGGCGCAUUUGGGCGCCUACUCGUACCGCUCCCUGUUGACCAACAGCUAUAAAACCGGGCCCGAUCAGCUGGCCCAACCGGUCAAUAUGCUGGCCUAUGAGCCGUGCGGUUCACGCAUGUCCUGGGAUCACAUUAUACCCAUGUCGGUGCGACCAAUUCUUCUGUUUGCCGGUGAGGCAACCAGCUCUACUCAUUAUUCCACCGUGCAUGGCGCCGUGGAGACGGGCAUGCGCGAGGCUCAACGUCUGACUGGGUACUACCAAAAGGAUUUGUAAUAUUUUUCAUUUGAUUUUCUAUUUUCAAUAUACAUUUUUGGAAGUGUUCACUACUCUCUGA